AUGACCGUCGCCUCGACCUCAACGCAACCUCCGCCAACGAAUGGCUCUCACAACGAAGACGACGAAUUUCUUGACUCCGUCGAAGGCGAGAUCACAUUUUUCCGGUCCAUAAUGCGCGCUCGACCAGUCGGAAUCCACCGCUACUUCCACAUUCUCGCCAUCCGUAACGCCAUUCUACAAGAUACAGGACGUUCUGUCACCAUUGAAUCGCUAUGGAAGAAACUCCGUGCCUACUACAACCUCGACGCUCUGGAGGUCGCAGAUGCAGAACAUGAAAACUCCUUCAUCCCACAUAAAAACGCCCCGCCAGUGCCGAUACCUUCACCUCAACCGGACGAGAACCUAGCAUGUCACCCGUUCUUCAGACGGGAGUUUGAAUUGCCGUAUGACGAUGAUAUCGAAGCACUCGUGGCCGAAAGGCGGAUGCGCGCCACACCUUCAGCGCCAUCUACGCCUCCCAGUUCUCCACCACCGCAACCUACUUCAUCUAAACGACCAAAAACAACCAAGAAACGGGGGAAGAGCAAGGUUCAGAUGGCAGGGUUGGUGGGUGGGGAUAGUGAUAGCAGCGCGCUGACGCAGGAGAGUGGCGAUGAAGGUCUGCCGGAGACACCUAGGGAUAGUGUAAUAACGGGAACGGAUGGGGGCACAGAGUACGGAGACGAUGAGGACGUUGAGAUGCAGGAUGCAUCUGCCUCUGCUCCUCCGCGUCGUUCAACUUCGCCAAAACCCACCCGUGGUCGACCAAAAGGGGGCAGUACAAGGGGGCGGAAAGGCGGCACGAGAGGGACAGGGUCGACACGCGGGACGGCCAAGAAACGCAAACGAUAA